AGUCUUGAAUGAAUAUACUCGAUAGAAAAUGAAUCGCUGUGAUUCACCUAAUGUCAAAGUUUCAAUGCAUUUACCGUUUUUUAAAAGUAUUUUCCCUAGUAAUGCCAAAAGUCUUCCAAUUUGACUCCACCUUCCAUAGUAAUUUCAAACAUUCAGUCUGGUUGCUAGAGAGAGAUAGAACCAAAAUUCUUAGUGUUUCCCUAUGUUCUGUAUAUGUGUGUGUCCCUAGUCAAGUAAAAUAUAUGUUACUCUACUGUUUUUCGAGUUCGCAAAUUUUGGUUAUCAUUAGACACUCCCCGCAUUUAUUUACUAAUCGUGCUUGUUUUUGAAUGAACUUCUAUCAAAAUAAAUGUCUAUACAAUGGACAAGUGCCUAAAGACAACUUUUAUGAACAAAGAAUUCGCGGUUAAUAGCUCCUUCGGCGUGUGUUUCAAAAUGGAGUAGAACAUUUUUUGCAGUUAUUCCAUAAGUAAGCAAGACAAUCAGCAAUUUCUACCACUUGUACUUAACUGUCUUUCAGUGAAAUAUGUCUUUAAAUACAGAAGAUAAACUGUCAUAACCUCUACCACAGGUGUGUCGGCAACUUCCAAUUACAGAGCUUGACGCAGUCGUAAUUUACUUGUGAUUCCAUUUCCUAUGCAUAGCCUUGUCUACGUCUUCUUUCCCAGACCCGUGUUCAAGCUCCAGCACAGGUAUCGCAUGUGUUUAAAAUGUGUUAUCAGAUAUAAAAUGUGAUGCCAAAUUGCUCUAAGGCGUGGAGAGCCCUGCUGGUGGGCAUGCCUACUCUCAGGCCACCACUACCAUUCAGUCACUCGCGGGUAUGGUAGGGCUGUGGGGCAGAGCACUAGCUGCACUGGCGGCCUGGCUACUGUGUCUGGCUGAUGCGGGGCUGCCGAUCAGAGGCUCCCCCGGCUCAGGGAUCAGGCCCCCUUUGCCCGGCUCUGGGGCUCUCUUGGCCCAAUACCCCCGAACAGGCGAACCUACACUUCGUCUAUCACAUAUGGCACUUGAUCAUAAGACAAGAAGAAUUUAUGUUGCUGGUGUAAACGUCCUUCUCCAACUGGAUGCAAACCUAAACCUCGAACACUUUGUGAUAACAGGACCAAAAAAUGACAGUCCGCUCUGUCACGCCACCGGAUGCACCGACCCGGAUAUUAAAGUCUCACUUAUGGAUAACUAUAACAAAGUGCUUCUCGUGGAACCAGAAUCUCGGACGUUGAUUACGUGCGGUUCCCUUUAUCAAGGUGCGUGCUCUAAAUACCGACUUAGCAAUAUAAGUGCUGAGGCUAAGUUCAUUCCAAAAUCGGUUGCUGCGAAUGACGCAAAUGCUAGCACAUUCGCGUUCAUUGGCCCGAAAAGUUAUAAUCCAUGGGGAAAAUCAAAUAUUUUGUACGUGGGUACCACAUUUACUAACCAAGGAGAGUACCGUCAUGACGUGCCAGCGAUAGCAAGUAGGGAUCUUGAUACAUUAGAAUACGCGGAAGAUUCAUUUAGUAAACAGUCCAUGGUGCAAAUAGAUGUGAAAUAUAGAGACCAUUUUAUCAUUCAGUACAUUUACGGUUUUAACGCAAGUGAUUACGCAUAUUUCGUUAUAGUGCAGAAACAAUCUCAUCUUCCGGGUCAAGAAGAACUGGGUUAUGUAUCACGACUAGCAAGGACAUGUAUAAAUGAUCCGAAUUAUGAUAGCUAUACGGAAGUCACUCUGCAGUGCGUUGACGGUGAUCAAAAGUACAAUCUUGUACAAGAUGCUAAGAUUACUUUGGCUGGGGAAGAGCUCGCAGACUCAUUAGGGAUUGAAGUUGAUUCUCCAGUACUAAUAGCAGCAUUCAGGCCAGCAAAGGGAAUUACCAACGAGCCUCAAAACCAUUCAGCGCUUUGUAUAUUUACACUUAGAGAUAUUGAGAAUAUGUUUAUAGAAAAUAUACACAUGUGUUUUAACGGAAGUGUAAAAUAUAGAAAUAUGGGCUACAUUUCAGGACCUGUUCUGGAUGGUAAGUGUCCAUCCAGCGGGUCAGCUGGGAACAUUCCAAAUUUCUGCGGUGACGUAGGAUUAAAAAUCAGUGGCAUAACACCAAUUUCCACCAAUGCUGCGUUGGUAUUUCCAAAUAUAUCUCUAUCGGCUGUAGCUACAGCUUCGACUGGUAGACAUGUAAUGGCUUUUUUGGGAACUACAGACGGAUUUAUUAAGAAAGUUUUACUUAAUGGUCCAAAUCCGCCAGAAUAUGAAGAGAUUUUGGUUGAUGCUGGAAAUCCUAUCUUGCCUGAUACUACUUUGUCAGUUGCUGGGGAUUAUUUAUAUGUUUUAUCAGCUUCAAAGGUAUCGAAAAUAAACGUGGAGCACUGCAGCACUUACACAAACUGUUCGACGUGUUUGGAAUCGAAAGAUCCCUAUUGUGGUUGGUGUUCGCUUGAAAAAAGGUGCACAAUAAGAAGUGCUUGCCAAAAAGCCUCUCAUAGUGCCCCAAGAUGGCUAUCUCUAGGCACCGGUCAGCAGUGCAUAGAUUUCGAACAGGUGCAGCCAGAACGGAUACCAAUUAACCAAAUGACAACCGUCCGUUUAACUAUAAGAACCCUACCAGAACUACCCUACGGUGCUAAAUACAAAUGUGUAUUCGGUAACUCCGAUCCGAUCGACGCACAAGUUACUGACUUCGGACUUAGCUGUCCUACGCCCGACAUUAAAAGAAGGCCCAAAAUACCUGCCAAAAUGGACCAUAUUUUGGUGCCGCUCAGUGUGCGGUCUUCGGAAACGAAUAAAGACUUUGUUUCGAGGAAUUUCGCUUAUUACGACUGCGAAAAACACACAACAUGCUCGGAGUGCGUUCGGUCGAAAUGGGUAUGCAAUUGGUGUGUUUAUGAGAACAGAUGUACUCAUAACAUCUCAAAUUGUCAAAGGAAUAUAAUUAGUGGGGAAAAUAAUCCCAACAUUUUACCUAAUCAUGGCUACGCUUAUUGUCCACAAUUUAAGAAAAGGGAUAUGAUAUUACUUCCAAACAACGUAUUAAAAGAGAUUGUCUUUGAAGUUAAAAAUCUACCCCACCCCCAAGCCGGUCAUUUCGGCUUUCAAUGUAUAGUAGUUAUAGAAGGUGCAACUAUGUUAGUUCCUGCGCGAGUAGACGCCGAUAAAUAUAUUGUAUGUGAUAAAACGACUUAUUCGUAUGAAGCCAACGAAGGUGAACAUGAAGCUAGCGUUAAGGUUGUAUGGAAUAGAAGCCACCAUAUAGAUUCUAUAAAUGUUGUUUUGUAUAAAUGUGAUAUAUUAGGCUCACAUAGAGAGCAUGCAGAUUGUUCGUUAUGCGUUACUCGAAAUUCUAAAUACCAGUGUACCUGGUGUGGCAACUCCUGUCAGUACGCCGAGACGUGCCUACACACGCCCCAUAUUGAGUGUCCUAGGCCAAGAAUUGAUGUGAUAAAGCCUUUAAGUGGUCCCAUUGAAGGUGGAACCCUUGUAACAAUUGAAGGAAGCAAUUUAGGUCUAAAGAAAGAAGACGUCCAAGGUAAAAUUAGGAUAGGAGACGUCCCUUGCAAAUUAGUUAACUACGAAGUAUCUGUCCGUAUCCAGUGUGUAACGGGUCCAUCCAAAAAUGAGCAUACAGCUCCAGUUAUUGUAGGUAAUGAAGCUGGAUAUACCAAAAGCACCGUUGAAUUUAGUUAUCAGGAUAUUAGAUUAUCCGGGAUUUUUCCUUCUAUGGGGCCCCAAAGCGGUGGUACUUUGUUAGCGAUUACUGGCAAAUAUCUAAAUAUUGGAUCAGAUAUCACAGCUUAUUUAGACAACAAUAUUUGUACAGUUAAUCUUACACAAGCUUCGAGUAAUAGGCUAACUUGUAUUACCUCAAAGGCAGCGAAACCUUCCAAUAUAGCUCGGCUUACUCUUAGUAUAGAUGGUGCUAAUCGAACUUUAGAUGGUAACCCAUUUAACUAUACACAAGAUCCUACUAUAAUGGAAAUCAAACCACUUAAUAGUUUCGUUUCGGGAGGAAAAAUGAUUUUUGUACACGGUACUAAUCUGGACAGUAUACAACGUCCAGAGAUGGAAGUAUUCUUGUAUAAUGACCUUACCAAUCCUGUAAAUCGAACAGUGUGUACUGUGUUAAGUGCCACUCAAAUUGAGUGUCCAAGUCCAGCGGUUAAUCGAGUUUUCGAAGCCAAUAGUAUGAGGCCAAGAAGGAGUUUAAGAAAGCCUGCUGCUAUAAAAAUGGAACCAAAGUUAAUUCUUAGGGUCGGAUUUAUUAUGGACAACGUGCAAUCAGUUAGAAACUUAGAAAAACAUUUCCCCAACAUACGUUCCUCAAUUCUCUAUGUAGAAGAUCCAAAAUUUAUACAAUUCCCGAAUGAAAUUAAGCUCUACAAAGGUGAUACACUAGUAAUAGAAGGGGAGAACUUAAAUGCGGCAAGUGACGAAGCUGACGUAGUGGUUACGAUUGGAACCAAACCUUGUAACGUGACUAGCUUAGCUAUGACACAGCUUGUUUGUUCGCCUCCUGAGAUACAACCAGCCGAUACAGAUGAACAUGGAUUAAAAACUGAUACAAAUCUUCCUUUAGUUGUUGUUCGUGUAGGCAGCAGCUUACGGUUCCCAAUAGGGUACCUCAAGUACGAUCUAUACAAAACCUUUACAUUUCCACCGGAAGCCAUUAUCUUAAUAGCAGCUGGUAUUGUUCUUUUUGCUUUUUUCUUUAUGGCCGUGCUAUUUGUUUACCGAAGAAAAUCUACCCAAGCCGAGCGAGAAUAUAAAAGGAUACAAAUCCAAAUGGAUACUUUGGAAAGUAAUGUUCGAUCUGAAUGUAAACUUGCUUUUGCAGAGCUGCAAACUGAUAUGACUGAUUUAACCGCCGAUUUAGAGAACUCAGGAAUUCCUACUUUGGAUCACACUACUUAUAUAAUGAAAGUGUUUUUUCCGGGACUUAGUGAUCACCCUAUAUUAAAUGCUCUUAAGGCGAGGCCCAAUGGUCCGAAAAUGCAUUACGAUGCUGCCAUGUUACAAUUCGAUCAACUGAUAAAUAAUAAAUAUUUUAUAUUAACAUUUAUAGAGAUAUUAGAGGAUCAAAAAUCAUUUAAUAUUAGAAAUAAAGUAAAUGUAGCUUCCUUAUUAAUGGUAGUCCUUAUGGAUAAAAUGGAAUAUGCGGCAGAUGUACUGAAGUGUCUAUUGUUACGUCUCGUAGAAAAAUCGGUCAAUACCAAGCAUCCUCAGCUUAUGUUGCGCCGAACAGAGAGCGUUGUAGAAAAAAUGCUUACAAACUGGAUGGCGCUUUGUAUGUACCAGUACCUUAAAGAUUAUGCUGGCUCUUCUUUGUUUUUGUUAUUCAAAGCUAUUAAACACCAAGUGGAGAAGGGCCUUGUAGAUGCCAUAACUCAUGACGCAAGAUAUUCUUUAUCCGAGGAGAGAUUAUUAAGAGAAAAUGUUGACCAUAGUACAGUGACACUGCAUAUAGUUCAAGAUGACCUAGAUGAGAAAAUACAGUGUAAAGUUUUGGACUGCGAUACGAUAAGCCAAGUAAAAUCCAAAAUUCUAGACGCCCUAUUUAAAAAUACACCAUUUUCUCUAAGACCUUCCAUAUACGAAGUUGAUUUAGAAUGGCGACAUGGAAGAGGCGGUCAUUUAACCUUACAAGAUGAGGAUUUGACAAGUAAAACAAUAGGCGGCUGGAAGAAACUAAAUACUCUAGCCCACUAUGGCGUUAAAGAAAGUGCUGUAAUGUCGCUUAUAACAAAGCAAAAUGAUAGUUACACUAAUUGCAAGCAGCCUUGCCGUAAUUGUGUUGCCGGUUUGUAUUUAAACAACUCUCAAACUCCGAUUAUACCUCAUUCGAACGGUGAUGUAGAAGUCCCAAAUCAUCCAAGAGUUUUCCACUUAGUUAAACCAAUCGAAGACCAAGCUUUUCAUAACAAUAGAAUACAUGAACGGACUCAUAAAGCGAUACCUGAAAUAUUUCUAACAAGACUUCUAUCAACCAAAGGAACAAUACAGAAAUUCGUGGACGACUUCUUUCUCACAAUAUUAACAGUUAACGAUUCCCUUCCCCCGGCUGUAAAAUGGCUCUUUGACCUUUUGGAUGAAGCAGCCCGAAAACAUGGCAUUCAAGAUCCUGAAGUUGUAUAUGCUUGGAAAUCUAACAGUCUUCCUUUAAGGUUUUGGGUAAACUUUAUAAAAAAUCCUGAUUUUAUUUUUGAUAUCAACAAAACUAACACACUGGAUUCUUGUUUGUCGGUUAUUGCACAAACAUUUAUGGACGCUUGUUCUACUACAGAGCAUAGAUUAGGAAAAGAUUCACCUUCAAAUAAACUGUUAUUUGCGAAGGAUAUACCAAGAUACAGAGAUAUGGUUUCACAGUUCUAUGCAGAUGUAGCCAGAUUACCUGUGAUAACGGACCAGGAAAUGGGUUCGGCUAUGCAGCAGCUAUCAGCCCAGCAAGCUGAAGAAUUUGACAUUGUUGCCGCCCUUAAAGAACUCUACACCUAUGUUACGAAAUACCGAGAACCUUUGUGUGAGGCACUUUCGACUGACCCUCUAUGCUGGCGCCUAAACUUGGCUCAAAAACUGGAUAGUAUCGCCUACACUUUGGGAGGAGAUGACAUGUCCUGCUGCUGACCUCGUGAGUCACCUGAUCCGCUGCUGCCCGAAUCGGCAUCUUGACUGAGCAUUUGACGCACGACUGCUUUUGUUGACAGUAUUUUGACAAUACCAUUUGAUUCGAGAGGACAUCAGUCUAGCCCUCUCUUAAAAUCAUUAAAUGUGUCUAUUUUUAAUAAUGAAACCAAAGAACUGUGACCAGAGUUACAUGCAAGAAAAUGUGUUGACGCUAAGCUUUAAAAGCUAGUAACUAAUUCCUAGAGUUGUUGUAACUUUUAUCACGUAUCCAACUAAAUUAUUCGUUCAUUCAAAACAAAUUUAAUGUUACGAAGGAACAAAAAGAGGGGGCCAGAGAGAUGUAAAGCUUUGAACCUGUUAACAAAUCAUACUACCGCAGGCGUGUUGAUUUGACCGUGUUAUUCUGUGAUAUGGCGCAUGAUCAGGUGACUGUGAAAUGGAUGAGUACUUAUUUACCCUCCAGCGGUCACUAGUUUCCUUCCUGAGUGCCUCGCUAUGCUGAUGGGACGUGAAAUGGACAGUGUUUUGCGCGCAACACUUUUGAUGCAACUACAUUUGAAAAUGGCGCACUAGUACACUGAAUUUUGAGUAUUUGAUAGAUAACACUAUAAAAAGGCGAUAACUUUAUGUAAUACAGGAAGGCGUUUUUAAGCUACUAUAAAUUAUGAUUAGAAAACACAUGUUCUUUUAAUUUAGAUCGGCUAGUUCAAUUCCAAUAAAAUAAAUUAUAAUAAUCUUAAAAUAGAGCUGAGGUAAAGCCGAAAUAGAUUACUAAUGUUAUAAAGCUGAGCAGAAGAUUGAAUAUUCUUAAAGAACAACUACUUUUAAUAGAUUUAAUGUUAAUAAAAUCCAUGUGUCACUAUUAAAUUAAUAUUUGUAGGAAAAUAUAUUUUCAGAAGAAACUUACACAUUUAUUUCUUAUAUUAAUUCUCUGUUUAAAAUGCUUUUAUAUUCUGAACUAGACAUCUCUUUCAGCAGCUAUAUAAUGAUUUCGUCUUUUUAUACAAUGUCCUCUAAAAACACAAAAGGCAGUGUAGUAUAACGUUCGGUCCGGUUAGCCUAGUUUUUCUGAAGUAGAUAUAGACAUUGAUUAAUUCUGUGUAUGACUGAUGUUCAAUUUGAAUUCUUAGCUUAACGAUAGUUGCGAUUUUUUUGGGAUACUUAAUACUAGUUCAUAUAGAUUCCAAGCUAUUCCUAAAACAAAUUCUAGGAUGGCGGUCCAUAAUGAACAUUUCAAUAUUGAUAUUAUUGAAUAAUAAAAUAAUCUCGUACGAGUCCAUAUUCUUAAAUUUUACCUAAAAAACAGUAAAUAAUCACAUUUACCACAAAGGAAUCAUAACAUAAUAAUAAAGCUCAAGCAUUUUUCAUAUAGCCAAUUCGAUAAGGUUUAAGUUUAGGCUUCUUCAAAGUCUAACUUUAACCUGGGAUUUUCAUGAUCGAAUUACAUAAGUGUUCUAUCUGUUUAGAAAUAGCUCUGAAUCCAUAAAACUUUCAGACCUUCAAUUUGCUAGAAUGACUCGAGAGAAGGGCCUAAAAUUAGAAUGAUUGUAUAUUUUAAAAAUAUUUUUGUAGAUCUGAAAGUUGUCCUGAAGUUUUUACAUUAAUCAUUCUUAGCACCCUGUACACAACCGUAGUUAAAAAACAUAAUAAUUUAUCGAAGUGUUUGUUUAGAUCUUAGACGAAGAAAGAGAGGUGGCCAAGUUGUCACCAAGCAAAAUUCACCAAUGACGUAUCGUUGAAAUAUUAGUAUAUUUUUUAUACUUUCAUUAUCUUGUCACAUCAAGUAACUUGUAUACUGAAAGUCCACUACAUAAACACAAAGAUGGCUACGGCACUUGUAUAUAUACACCAUAAGCGUUUAACGAAUAUACCAUUAUGUUAAGCCACUGGCUAAAUUUUUUGUGAGACAGAAUUGGCGAACUACGACAUCCUGAAAAGUUUUGCGUAUACCUGUCUUUAAUUUUUUGUCUUAAUAGUCAGUUUUUCUAAAACCUAUUGAAGUCCUGUAAAAGAACGUAGACAUCCAAUAUUCGAGGCUACUCUCUUUCCCAGUCCAAGGUUUAGAUAAUUAAGGUGUUACAUUAGCCUCAAUGUAAAAACACUUGGAAAUAAAAAAAAAAUUGGGCCGUUAUAAAUUAUGAUUAUUUGUCUACUGUUUGUUAUAUAUUCUCCUCCGUAAUGUGACGAAAAUAUAUGUUUGAAUUUUGCCGCUAAAGAACUGAACUUUUAAUAUCGCUUUUUCAUUGUAUUUUGCAAUUUAAAGAAAAAACUUAAAUAUUUCCAUAAUUAAAAGAACAUGUUACCAUUGCAUAUGUUUUAACAUAGGUAUUUUGUUAUUGCUACAAUAGACAUUUAGUAAUAAGUGGAUUCUAGUUAAGUCUUUUGCCAGUUAUUUAUCUAGUAUUUUUUUUAUACCUUGGUUCGGCAAAAUUCAAACCCAAAAUUUUUAUUUAUUACCAGAUUUAUUUCGAUGCUUUGCUUUUACUUAGGUUUUGACUAUUAUUUAUUUAUUAAAUCAAAAUAUUUUUUAUAUGGCUCAAUUUGCGGUUUAGCCUGUCACCCGAUAGGUAGAUAUAAAAUGUUGAUACACGUUUUUAGAUAAUAACAUUUUAUUUUUCGAGAAUAGAAAAGUUUUUAAGGAAAAUUUGUUAAAUAUUCUGUUUUUUUUUGUGUAAAUAUAUUAAAAUGUGCAUAUAGAUUAUUAUAUCGGGUUUACAAAAGUGUUAAUAAUUUAAGGAUAACAUUCAUCGAUAUUAGAAUGUGUUAGAAUAAUAAUUAUUUUGAAUCUCUAUCGUGUACAAGUAGGAGGGCCUCUUUGAAGUGCGGCAAAACAAUUUUUCCGUACCUCAAACAUGACUUAUAUUUUUAUCAAUGUAUGCUGCAAAUUUGCAAUUUAUAAAGUAUAUUCUAGGAAUGCAUUUCGAGGAAGCCUUUUUUUAAUAUCGACAUUUCAAUUUAAAAUAAUGAUAUAAUUAAAAAAAAAUCUUAGACGAUAUACAGACUGUAAAGCUAUGAAUUUAGUUUAUUUAAUUAUUUUUGUAUUACUUUAUUUCUAUAACUUCGCAGCUUUUACUUCUCUUUAAUGUUUUGGUAAUGUGAUUGUGAAUUAAAGCUUUUUAUAUAAAUCGUAUUGUUUAGUGAUAUUUUUUUACUCUAUUAAACAUGUAUUCCAGA